UGACCUCCCCAGUUCUAGAGCGAGAGCCGCGCACAAGACGCUCUAUCCUUCUCUUCGUCUCUGUUGUUUUGACAGGUUGGAAAUUUGAAGGUCGGCUCGGGAUUGCCCACCAAAAUGGCGGACGAGGAAGGUGGGCUAGAGAAAGAAAAGUCCUUUAAGUUGCUUUGGAUCCUGGAUGUUCAGAAGGUACCAUGUGCACGUGAAUCUGUGCUGUUUGGAUCUGUUGGCUCUUUGGUGAUUGGUGUUGGACAUUUUCUAGCAACAAGCAGAGUUAAACGUUCUUGUGACUUGGCAGCUGGUGGAUUCAUUCUUAGUACCUUGGGCAGUUGGUUAUACUGUAGAUACAACUAUGCAAAACUGAGGAUUCAGCAAAAAAUAGUACAAGAUGGCAUUAAAAAGAAGGUGAUAUAUGAAGGCAGCAAUAUCGAUCCAACAGUUAACAACAGCAGUAAAAGCGGCUCAUGAACCAAUAAUCACAACCAUGGACUGGGAGAACAUUACAGAUUUCAUACAGAUGGAUACCCCAACACGGGGCUGGAUGAGAAGCAGCUUAAAGGUGUUGACCAAUUUGUUAAUUGACCAAUUUGCAAUAGCCCCCACUCAUUUGGUCACUUUACAUACAUCAGCCACUCAGGGAUCUGUAAACGCUUACAAUCCUCCAACGCUGCAUCCAUAGGGCGCAAGAUUGACCACAUCACCGCUUUUGUGCUGUCCCUGGACGGAUCCUCUUCUGUGCUUAAGCUGUACAGGUCAGUUUACUGGACAGCGCAUGCGCAGAAGAGAAUCCAUCCAGCAACAGCACAAAGUGGUGAUGUGAUUAAUCCAUCUUGCUUUCUAUGGUCACAGAGCCCAAAGAUUGUAGGUGUUUACACAUCCCUUAUAUGGGCACCUCCUGCUGCGUGAUGGACAUAUGGAUGUACUGUAUGCCACAUCAAAAAGAGAUUGGGGCUAUUGCCAAACCCCUUUAAGGCCACAUUCUGGUCAGUAUUUUGCGUAAGCCAAAACCAGCAAGGGAACAGAGAGCAACACUAUAAGGCCAGUUCCAGAUGAGUGAAUUCCCGUAGUGAACUGUUGGCCUAUAAUGUGCAACUCAUUAUAGUGGAGUCACACAGCGUUUAUAAAUCAUUAUAAUCCUGUUAUGUCCGGUCGAAGGAGCAGAGUUCACUAUGGGAAUUCUCUCUCCCACACAGAGCAUUUCACGGCAUUAACUCGUCUGAAACUGGCCAUAUAGAAACAUUUACAACUUUUCCAUUCUUUGGAUCUAUUUCUGGUUUUGGCUUCUAAAUACUGAUGCAGAAUACAGCAAUGUGAAAGAGGCCUAAUAAUGCAUCUAAGCACUAUCAUGUUUAUAUGAUUUUUUUAUGUAGUUUUGAUUCAGUUAUAACAUUCAAAUUUGUUGGCGUGUCUUCUGGAUAUGUCAUCUAUUUAUUAAAAUUGUACAUUCUGGCAUAUUUUAUCUUGUCAUAUGGAAAUAAUAAAUGCAUUAUACUUUC